AUGGCCCUAAGAAGAAUAUUAAACAAUCAUUUUAAAUUAGCAUUAAACAAACAACAAUAAUUAAGGGGAGGUCAUGGUUGGGACAGACCAGAUGUCCCUUUAUCAUUAAAUCCAAUUUAUGUCCAUAAACGUGAAAUUUCAAUUUUCGAUAAUAAUAUGUGGGCUUAUGAUUAAGUAUAUCCUGAAUAUAUGAUAACUUAUAGUGAAAUGUAUGUUAGAGAUGAAUGGGGUGCCUUAAAGGAAAUACUUUAUAAUUCAACUUAUAUUGUAUUUACUUUAGGAUUAAUUGGAAUGUUUUAUUAUUUUAAUGCAAAUUAUAGAGUUGGUGGUCUUGAUACAAAUUCUUCAGAUUCACUCCUUUUAGGAGAUUUUUUCAAAUAAUAUGAAAAAAGAAGCGCAACGAGACCUAACUUUUUAAGAUUAUCUUGUACUACUGAAAAUGCAAGAAUUUACGCUGAAUAUGAUAAGAAUGGAUUUUUAUAUGAAAACUUCUAAUCUAAUAUUGAAAAUAUCAAUUAAAGAAAAAGAGUGAAUCAAGAAGCAAAAAACUUCGUUUAAAAAGUUAGAAAAGAAGCCAUAGAUAAAGUUAAAAAUGGAAAUAUGGAACACUAACAUGGACAUCAUUGA